UUUCAAGAACUCAUUUUGUUAGAACUCAGAUUAGAAGAAGAAGAAUCAAGAACAAGAAAUUUUUGAAAAAAAAAAUGAAGGGUUGUGAAUUAGAGUUACCAGCUGGGUUCAGAUUUCAUCCAACUGAUGAAGAAUUAGUGAUGCACUAUUUGUGCCGUAAAUGUGCAUCUUUACCAAUUUCAGUACCAAUUAUUGCUGAUAUUGACCUAUACAAGUUUGAUCCAUGGCUACUUCCAGGUAUGGCACUAUAUGGUGAAAAAGAAUGGUAUUUCUUUUCUCCAAGAGAUAGGAAGUAUCCGAACGGGUCGAGGCCUAAUCGAGCUGCGGGGAGUGGGUACUGGAAAGCUACAGGGGCGGAUAAACCAAUUGGGAAGCCAAAACCAGUUGGGAUCAAGAAAGCUUUGGUGUUUUAUGAGGGGAAAGCACCCAAAGGUGUGAAGACUAAUUGGAUUAUGCAUGAGUAUAGACUUGCCGGUGUGGAUAGAUCGGCACGUAAGAAGAGUGGCAGCAACUCAAGGCUUGACGAUUGGGUCUUAUGUCGAAUUUACAACAAGAAGGGUUUUAUUGAAAAGCAAGGGACAAGUAAUGGUAUCACAGAUAAGGCGAUGCUCAAGUCCUCAGUUUACAACAAUAGCCUUACUGAAAGCUCCUCGGAGCAUGAAGAUCAAAAGCCAGAUGUAUUAACACAUUACAACCAGAACACGCUACAUACUUGGGGAAACCAAACUCCCCCUGCUCAAGUCGUCAACAAUGACUAUGUAUACUUUGAUACUUCUGAUUCUGUUCCAAGAUUACAUACUGAUUCAAGUAAUUGCUCGGAGCAUGUGACAUCGACAUGUGAAAGAGAGGUCCAAAGUCAACCAAGAUCAUCAUCGUCAUGGAGCAGGGAUUUUGAUUGGGGAAUGCAAUUUAGUGGGAAUGAUGUUACUGAUCCUUAUGCAUCCUCUGGUGGACGCCAAGUGGAUAACAACAAUAUUGAGCUCUCACCACUACAAGAUAUGUUCAUGUAUUUACAGAAUCCCUACUAGGCUCUGUUGCAUCCGUUCGGAUUUGGAUAACCUAAUUCUUUUCAUCCUUGGCUUCUCAAAUAUUUUAUCAGCACAUGAGACUUUUUAAUGGGAAAAAAGGCCAUGAUUGUGCCUGUUAUAUUUGAAGGUGCAAGAUGACCAGUUAGAGUUGGCUAGCUCGCUAGUACUUACUACUUAGUCUUCCUGUUAAAGCUGGGGGUACAAUGUGUAACUACAUGCAUUUGUAAUUCACCAGUGUUGUUAAUGUUAUGCUUGGCUGAUAUUUGCCCUUUCCUAAAACACCACUAUUAGUAUCUGGAUAUGGUUUGCAAUUGGAGGCAGGGUAUGUGGGAGUUGAACUCUCCAAGCAUAGCCUUGACCAAUUCCAAAGAAGGUUAGGUCCAUCAAGUUGCGAUUGCUGGUCGUUGGUUCUGCCUGGGUUUUUUAAUGUCAGCAACGAAUUUCUAAUGUCAGCAACGAGUAGAUGAAUAGCCCCAAGCGUGAAGCAGUAAAACCUUACUUCUCGUGUUAUGCCUCUUAAUUAGAUUCCGAUUUAUCGGUAAAGGCAGGGUUGCAUAUGGGUGCAACUUGCUAGGGAAGGCAAAGGGAGGGUGACUCACUGGAAAAGGAAGGGUGCUGCUGUAUGAGCUAAUCCCACCUUGUUAUGUCGGACAUUUCUCCACCGGUCAACACUCGCCUUGAUGCUACCUUACAAUUUUCCUUUUUUGUAGCUAGAUUUGUAGGUCUAAUUGGUAAGCAUGUGUACCCCCAAAAUUUUGGCAAAUCAGAGCCUUCAUCUCUUCA